AUGUCAGUUCUUGUGUUGCUGCUGCUAUGUGCUGUCACAUUCAACAGAAGCUUCUGCUGCCAUGACAGGGAUCGAACUCUGCUAUUAAUCUUCAAACAAGGCGUUGUUGAUCCUUCCAACCGCCUCUCCUCUUGGUCUUCCACGAACCAACAUUGUUGUGAAUGGCAAGGUGUUAUUUGUGAUCCCUACACCAGCAGGGUCCAACAGCUUGAUCUGCAAAACUAUAACUAUAUGGAAAGUGGCUCAGAAUCCUUGAAAGGUGAAAUCAACUUAUCUUCUUUACUUGCACUUGAAUUUCUAGAAGAAUUGGACUUGAGCCGCAAUGACUUUGAACGAAUAAACACACCAUCUAUCAAUACUUCUGUUGUUUCUCGUACUCUUUUACCUGCAAAUAUUUCUCUGCUCCAUCACCUGGACUUAUCACAGAACAUGCAUAAUCUUCGUGUUGAUAAUCUUCAUUAUUGGCUCUCGCAACUUCCUUCCCUCACAUAUCUGGAUCUCAGUGGCAUUCAUCUUCCUUGUGAAAUGAAAUGGGUUCAAUCAUUAGCUUUGUUACCUCUGGAGGCCUUAUAUUUGCGUGAUUGUAAUUUGACCAGCUCCAUUCUAUCCAUGGCACAUGCCAAUUUUAGCUCACUUUUAUAUGUUGAUCUCAGUCUAAAUGAUUUUACAUAUGGACUACCUAAUUGGUUGUUCAAUCUUAGCAAUGACCUCUCCAAUCUUCAACUCGGUCACUGCAGUUUGAGAGGUCCAUUUCCAGAUCUUUCAGGCUAUCGAAAGCUGCAGAACUUAGAUCUAUCUAGCAACAAACUCAAAGGAUCAAUACCUGAUUGGCUUGGCCAGCGUGAUGGAUUAAUUGGCCUUGAUCUUUCUAAUAAUUCGUUUCAAAGUUCCAUUCCUUCAAACCUCUUAAAUGCAUCAUCUUUAGCAAUUUUAAAUAUUAGUUUCAAUGACUUGAGUGGUACGCUUCCAAAAAACCUUGACCUUGACCAAAGGCACUUUGAAAUUUUGGAUUUGUCUCACAACUCAAUUAGUGGAGAUAUAUCGAACAUGUUGCUGGAUGGUGGGUAUAUAUUGAUGUCAUUUAAUAAAUUUAAAGGACGGCUUCCUCGAAUAUCAGAGCAUGUCAUAGCUUUGGAGUUAGCUCACAACUCUUUUUCAGGAUCCUUAUCUUCUUUAUUGUGUGACCCCGAUCCGCGUAACAAGUACAUGUUGGUGUAUUUGGACAUAUCAAAUAAUUAUCUGGUUGAAGAACUUCCAGAAUGUUGGAGCAGUUGGGCAUCUUUGUCUUACAUAUACCUAGGGAAUAAUCAGAUGGUUGGUCAAGUUCCUCCAAGGAUGGGUUCAUCGUUUUCUCAUCUGAGAGCACUAGAUCUACAAAAUAAUGGCUUUUCUGGUCAUGUACCUUCGACUUUUUGUCAUUGCACAUCUUUGGUGUUCAUCAAUUUAGAAGGAAACAACUUUUCCGGAAAUAUACCAUCAUGGCCGCAAAAUAUAUCAGUUUGUGAAGCUGAGAUCCAAUCAAUUUACAGGCACUUUUCCUCCCCAGCUCUGUAG